CAAUAGCGGGCGAUUGGUUUGGUCGCAGAAAGAGAGAAAGAGAGAGAGAGAGAGGAUGGGAAGUGAAUUGGUAUGGAGAUGGUGUGUUGCUGGUAAUGGUUUGAUGAGAUGCUUUUAUAAUAAUAAUACUACUGCCAUUGCCAAGGCCUCCUCUUUGUAUUUAUCAUCACCCAAACCCAAACCCAAAAUUUUAAUUCUAACUCCAGUGCCACCACUGGCACUAGUAAGAAUAACAAGAAGCAGCAGCAGCAGCUUCAGCUUGAAUUUGGGUCAAGGAUAUAGCAGCAGCAGUAGUAAUGAGAAUAAUGAGAAGAGGAAGAAGAAGGGUGGUAGAGAAUACCUGGAAAUGACAGAGCAAGAACUGAUGAGAGAGUGCGAGAUGGACACAUUCAAGGCAUCGGGUCCAGGUGGUCAACACCGCAACAAGCGGGAGUCAGCGGUGAGGGUGAAGCACAUACCUACUGGUCUUAUAGCCCAGGCUGUUGAGGAUCGAUCUCAGCAUAUGAACCGCGCUUCUGCUUUAGCUCGCCUCCGCACUCUCUUAGCUCUUCAUGUCAGAAACACUGUCGAUAUUCACACCUAUUCACCUCCUCCUGACCUCCUUGCCAUUCUUCCUCUCAAGUCCACUCUCAGAUCUUCUGGCCCCCAGAUUGGGCCCAAUAACCCCAAGUUCCUUUUGGGAAUGCAAGCUCUCCUGGAUUUAAUUUUGGCAGUGGAUGGUUCUGUUUCGGAAGCAGCCAAAUAUGUUGGUUUAAGCACCGGUGCCCUCUCUCGCUUAAUACUAUCUCAUGAUUCUCUUCGAAUGGCUGUCAACCAACUCAGGGCUUCCAAGAAAAUGAGUUGGAAGCCCGUUAAUCCUAAUGCUCUAAACCAUAUGCAUGCUUUAGAUGUCUGUUGUAAUGCACGCUGUUUUGGCCCUCAUCAUCUAAUUGCCUGAAGCCCGUAAAGUUGAAAUCACCUACUUGUACAAAUGCAUUUUUCACAUCAACUUUCUGUAAUAGCCUAUGUCAUUUAUGUUUACAAUUUUGAUCAGGAAACAAAGAUAUGUAAUUAGUUUCUUAAGGAAACUUAAAAUAUAAGAUUCUGUCAAUGCAACCAAGUCCUUUUCCAGGAACUAUGCUUUUGAUAAUUGUUAUCAACUGUAAAUAAAUGAUGUGAGGAUUCUCUGUGAAAGACAUGGUAUAAAUAGAUGAGUCCCUUGGAAUUGGAGGGCCAUGUCCAUAAUUUAUUACCUCCUUUUCUUUUUGUCUUACAAUAACUGGGGAAGGGGUAUUUGAAGGUAGGUUCUCCUAAUUUGGGAGACUCGGGCAAUGCCAUUGAACUACAAGAUGCUUGGCUUAUUACCUCCUUUUUUCAUAAUAUUUAAGCCACUACUUUCUCCAUGAAUGUCUCACUGGUUUUCCUAGAAGCAUAAGAAGGGGUAUACAUGAUAAACUAAACAAGUACUGGAACUUAAAAAUGGGUCAUGCCUUUACUGAUACUCUCCAAAGAUAACUUUAUUUUUCCAAAGAAAGAAGAAUUAAGGUACAAACAAGUGCUCAGGACUAAAAAAGACAAGCCGCAAACCAAGAUGACCAAAGCACACUACUCACAAUACUUUUUUUUUUUGUUUGGUAACACCCACAAUACUAACCUCAGAAACAGAAGGAUAAAACCCUGGACUCCUCUCUGGAAGGAUGAAGGUGAUCCUUUAGUAAAAAACUUCUGCCCAUGGUUGAUAGUCAACUUCAGGCCAGACUUGUUGUGGAGCCUUCUGAGAAAAUAUGACUGGAUAAAAUUUCUGUUCAGACACACACACUUCUUUGGACAUCUGAUGUUGGUCUAUAUAUAUAUUUGCAUUGCAGAUGUUGAUUUUGUAUUGUUUUGUUUUCUCUUCUCCUCUUGUAUUCCAGUGUAUACUCCUUGUGUACUAGGGUGGCGCCUUUUUUUGUGCUUUUAAUUGAAUUAUAAUUAUCUAUCAAAAAAAUAAAAUGUUCUGAAGUUUGUGCCAAACAUUUUCUGAUUACUAGUAUACAUCUGGAAUCUUCAGGUUUAGCUGAUUAUUUUUUUCUUCCCAUGUUGCACCAAAUAUACUGCUGUGUUAGUUCUCUUCUAGUUUCCUGAUCAAAUGUGGU